GUGAAUUGGCAACGAAUGUUGGAGAUUAUUCAAGAGGCAUCGCCUGACACGACGCCUGGGCGAGUAACGCGCUACCACAUUCUCUCUUUUGGGUGGCUUGUGGGUGGUCUAGUGGAGGCCAUCACGCACCAACCUUUCGCUGCAUGGGUUCAAGAUAACAUUGCCAAACCGCUUGGCUUAGAGGAGGAAAUGUCUAUUGGGUUGGGAGAUGGUCGGCUGGAAAAGCUUCAGUCGCGCAUCGCCACGCUAUGCAACGGGUUUUUUGUUUCACCAGACGGCGAGACACCUUCUGAGGAUGAGCUUCGUCGCAUGAUGCAGCAAUUACGAGAGAUUGACCAAACACAGAAACAGAUCGAGCUCGAGGAAGAGCAGCGCCGUGAGGCUCAGGGUGCCGAAGCACCCAAUGAACCCCACGAAGUUUUACCAGCCUCAAACCAGACGAAGAGCGGCCCGACUCCACCGGUUGACGAUCCUUUUGAAGUAUGGCCCCCUGCCUGCGAAAUCAAGUCAACUCAAUAUGACGCUUUGAUUGAGAAGCUCCAACGCGAAGUCGAACAUGAAUGUUUUGCUGGUGCCGAGGACGGCUGGACUUUGCACAGCCGCCCACGAAACAUCGAGAUUUACAAGAAAUCGAUGCCGGGCAGCAACGCCAUUAUGGUGCGCGGCAAUGCUGACAUUGAUGCUCCACCAGCAGCCGUCUUUGAGGUGAUGCGUGAACCAACAAAAAAGGGGCAGUGGAAUUCUCAAUUUGCUCAACUCGACGUGGUGGAGGAGUUUGAUGAAGUCACGACCAUCAUUCGUGACGAGUACAAACCCAUUUGGCCCGUCAGUGGCCGCGAUUUCUGCAUGCUGCAAGCUGUACGGUUUUCAGCUGACGGCAGCUACAUUGUGAGCAACAAGUCCAUCGAGCACCCCGACUGCCCUGCCAAGCCUGGUAUGGUAACUAAUGCGGUCGCGACAGAUCAGCCGCUGGCCGUGGCCAAUAUUCGAGACUUGCUUGCAAACGUUCAAGACUUUUCACGUUACGAGACGAUGCUGCAAAAGCAGCGACUGGUCGAGGCUGCUCCUACAGAUGAAGAGACUGCCCCUCCCACUCUAGCUCCAGCCAAUGGCGACGCCAGUGAUUUUGAACCUGAAGGUGGCCUAUCCAUGCCAGAGGCUCGUUCAGAUGCCCAGGCCCUGGAGGCUGCCAACACCAUGGAAGCAGAAGCAGAUAGCACGUCCGAUUUUGAUUUGUCGCGUCUGCUCACGGCGGAUCCGUGCAUCUACAAUGCACCAAUGGUUCGCCGAGCCUGCAUUCCUUCUGCAAAUGGGCACUUUAGUGCUCGCGCAGUAGCCAAGUUUUAUGCUUCUUUGGUCGGCGAAGUGGAUGGCGUGCGCCUUUUGGAUGAAGCGACCAUGACGGAGGCCUGUCGGCUGCAAGCCAGCGAGCAAAUGGGCAUGCGCGAUGAACCUAUGCGCUGGGGACUGGGAUUUCAAAAAUAUACGCGACAGCUGCCCAACGGCAAGCAGGUAGAUGGGCCAUUUGGUCAUUUAGGCUUGGGGGGAAGCGUGGGCUUUGCAGACCCCACCUGUGAGCUCUCCAUGGCGGUGUCUGUUAAUCGCCUGGCGUUGGACCGUGAGUGCUCAGAGCGGCUGGUGCAGACCGUAUACUCGGCGCUCGGCCUUGGUGAACUGGCCUUUGCUUAAGACUAUACGAGCUGGGUGCUAUUGGCUUGCUUCGACUUGCCACACCCUUGUCACAAUUCCACGGCUCAAUAGUU